AUGAAGGAUCUUGCCCGCCCUGACUCGUUCGGCCGCUAUGGCCAGUUCGGCGGCAAGUACGUUCCAGAGACCCUCAUGGCCGCUUUGGAUAAUCUCGAGAAGGUUUACAACGAGACAGUCCAGGAUCCCGCUUUUCAGGCGGAGUUCCAGUCGAUCCUCAAGGACUACGUGGGUCGCGAGUCGCCGCUUUACUUCGCGGAGCGCCUCACGGAGCACUACUCGCGCCCCGACCCCGCGGACCCCUCGCGCCGCGUCGGCCCGCACGUGUACCUGAAGCGGGAGGAUCUGAACCACACGGGCGCGCACAAGAUCAACAACGCCAUUGGGCAGGUGCUCCUGGCGAAGCGCAUCGGCAAGAAGCGCAUCAUUGCGGAGACGGGCGCGGGGCAGCACGGCGUGGCGACGGCGACGGUGUGCGCGCGCUUCGGGCUGAACUGCAUCGUGUACAUGGGCGCGGAGGACAUGCGGCGGCAGGCGCUCAACGUGUUCCGCAUGCGCCUGCUGGGCGCAGAGGUGCGCGCGGUGAACAGUGGCACGCGCACGCUCAAGGACGCCACGUCAGAGGCGAUCCGCGACUGGGUGACCAACGUGGACACCACCCACUACAUCCUCGGCUCCGCUGCCGGCCCUCACCCCUACCCCAUGAUCGUGCGCGACUUCCAGGCCAUUAUUGGUCGCGAAGCAAAGAAGCAGUCUCUUGAAAAGUUCGGCCGCCUGCCCGAUGUGCUGGUGGCGUGUGUAGGAGGCGGGUCGAACGCCAUGGGGCUGUUCCAUGAGUUCGUGGAGGACGAGGGCGUGCGCAUGGUGGGCGUGGAGGCUGCAGGGCACGGCGUGCACACGGACAAGCAUGCGGCGACUCUGACGGCCGGGGAGGUGGGCGUGCUGCACGGCGCCAUGAGCUACCUGCUGCAGGACAGCGAUGGGCAGAUCAUUGAACCCCACAGCAUCAGCGCCGGCCUUGACUACCCCGGGGUGGGCCCGGAGCACAGCUUCCUCAAGGACAUUGGGCGGGCGGAGUACUUCAGUGUGACUGACGACGAGGCCCUGCAAGCAUUCAAGCGUGUGUCGCGGUUGGAAGGCAUCAUCCCGGCUCGGGAGACGUCCCAUGCGUUGGCAUACCUGGAGUACCUCUGCCCUCAGCUGGCCGAUGGCAGCAAGGACAACGGCAUCAAGCGGCUGAAGCUGUUUGGAGCUGACGUGGACAUCCUGCGCGCGCUCGUGGGCACGGACAUCGAGGUGGCGGUGAUGCUGCAGAACGAGUACCUCAACCUCGUCGCCGGCUCGCAGAAGGAGGCGGCCAAGUGGCUCAGCAACAACGUCUCUCCCUUCGUCUUUCCCAAGGGGGCCAACAUCAGGGAGAUAGCAGUGGGGAACGAGCCGUUCCUUCAGGGCUAUCAGGGCAUGUACGAGUCAGCAGUGGUGCCGGCGAUGCGAAACAUGUACAGUGCGCUACAGGACGCCAAACUAGACGACAAAAUCAAGCUGACCGUGCCUCUUAACGCGGAUAUUCUCGGGAGCUCCUACCCGCCGUCCUCGGGCGAGGUUCGAGGGGAUAUUUUGGAGGAUAUCACCGCGAUUGCAGAUAUUUUGAAGCAGUCAGGUGGAACGUUCUCGAUAAAUAUCUACCCGUUCCUGACGCUGCAUCAGGACACGACGGGGGCGAUCGGGCUGAACCAGGUUUUUUUGGGGCAGCCUGGCGGGCAGGCGUGGCAAUUCAAGGACCCGAAGAGCGGGCUGAAAUACGACAACAUUUUCGACGGGGCGUUUGAUGCUGUGGUGGCUGCUCUGGAGAAGAUCGGUUAUGGCGAUAUCAUUGCGGGAUCUUUGUGGUCGUUUGAUGCUGUGAUGGCCACUCCGGAUAAGAUCAGAUGUGUUGAUGUGAGUGCCCCUCUCACUAUCCACUCCACCCUCAUUCACCACACUUUCACACCCCCACUCCCCCCCACCUUCCCUCCCCACACCCCCCAACCCCCCCUCCGCACCCCCCGUCCCUCCCACUUCUCCUUCUCUCUGCAGCUGCCGAUCGAGAUUGGCGAGAUCGGGUGGCCAUCCGACGGCCAGGGUGACAUGAGGGGCUACGCCACAGUGGACAACGCAUAUCGCUUCAACCAGGCAAUCCUAGCCCACAUGUUGUCAGGAAGAGGCACACCCGCCCGCCCGAAUCAAAUCCUGAGUGGAUACCUUUUCGCGCUUUCAGACGAAGACCGGAAGAUUACUCUAGCCGGCCCGUUCGAGAGGCAUUGGGGGAUUUUCCGCGCGGACGGGACCCCGAAAUACCCGUUGGAUUUGACGGGCGGCGGGAAGAAUGUCACUCUGAAAAGCGCAACAGGAAUUGUGCUGUACCCCGGGCGGUGGUGUGUGGCCAAGGAGGGUGCGGACCCGCAGAAAUUGGCCGAAGCAGUGACGUACGCGUGUGGGGAUACGAAGCCUUCGGAUUGCACACCUGCACAGGUUGGAGGGUCGUGUUACUUUAAUGGUAGUACUUCAAAGGUUGCGACCUAUGCGUUCAACAGCUAUUUCCAGCUGAAUAACCAAUCAGGUGGGGCGUGUGACUUCAAGGGGGUGGCCGAAGUGGGCCAGUUCGGCGUAACGUUUCUCUGCACGGAGAAAGCCACGGGGAAGGAGUACGCGUGCAAGACCAUCGCAAAGAAGAAGCUUAUAUCGAGGGAGGACGUGGAGGACGUGAAACGCGAGGUGGCGAUCAUGCAUCACCUGUCGGGCCAUAACAACAUUGUGUGCAUCAAGGGAGCUUACGAGGAUCACGCGAAUGUACACAUUGUCAUGGAGCUCUGCACGGGAGGCGAGCUGUUCGAGCGCAUUAUUAAAAAGGGUCACUACAGUGAGCGGCAGGCGGCGGAGCUAACGCGGACGAUCGCGAAGGUGAUAGAGGCGUGCCACUCGCUGGGCGUGAUCCACCGCGACCUCAAGCCGGAGAACUUCCUCUUUGCCAACAAGUCCGAGACCGCCGACCUCAAGGCGACCGACUUCGGCCUCUCCUACUUCUUCAAGCCAGGCGAGUACCUGUCGGACGUGGUGGGCAGCCCGUACUACGUGGCGCCGGAGGUGCUGCGGCGGAGGUACAACGAGAAGGCGGACGUGUGGAGCAUGGGCGUUAUCAUCUACAUCCUGCUCUCCGGCGUGCCACCCUUCUGGGCAGAGACGGAGCAGGGCAUAUUCGAGGCGGUGCUGCGGGGCGAGCUGGACUUUGAGUCGGACCCGUGGCCGUCUAUCAGUGAGGACUCCAAGGACCUCAUCCGCCACAUGUGCUGCCUCGACCCCAAGAAGCGCUACUCCGCUUAUGACGUGCUCUGCCAUCCGUGGGUGGCCAAGGAUGGCGUCGCACCCGAUAAGCCUCUGGGCUCAGCCGUGCUGUCCCGCCUGAAGCAGUUCACGGCGAUGAACAAGCUCAAGAAGAUGGCGCUGCGCGUGAUCGCAGAGAGCAUGUCGGAGGAGGAGAUCUCGGGGCUGAAGGAGACGUUCAAGAUGAUGGACACCGAUGGCAGCGGCACCAUCACGUAUGAGGAGCUGCGUGCCGGGCUCAAGAGGAUCGGGUCUACGCUCAAUGACAUGGAGAUUAAGGAGCUCAUGGAUGCGGCUGACAUUGACGGCAAUGGCACCAUUGACUACGGCGAGUUCCUGGCGGCCACGGUGCAGCUGAACAAGAUAGAGCGCGAGGAGACGCUGUUUGCUGCCUUCUCCUACUUUGACAAGGACUCUUCGGGCUUCAUUUCCACUGAUGAGCUGCAGGACGCGUGCCGUGAGUACGGCGUCGACGAGGAGUGCAUCGUUGAGACCAUGCGCGACGUUGACACUAACAAUGAUGGCAUCAUUGACUAUAACGAGUUUGUUGCCAUGAUGAGGCAAGGGAAUGGAGGGAUUGGCAGGAAGAGUUUGGGCGGCAGCUGGACCAGUGGCAAUCUCUUCCGGGACCUCGUGUCGGCCGGCCAAAAGGCCGGCCCCAACUCACCCUUGGCUUCAGUACAACCCUGA